UCGACCAACCAGCAACCAGUUCGGACGUGAAAUUCGUAUGCGCUCGCUAAAAAGUUUAAAAAUAAGCGAAAAAAAUCGUUCGUGUUCUGAUAAAGUGAAAAGGAAAAAAAAAAGUAAAGCAAAGUUAAUCGAAAGUGAUUGAUGCAAAUUAAACUCUGUGUGUGAGAGACAGUGGCAAGAAGAAUCCUGCUCGUUGUUGUUGUUAUUGUGAUUGACCGCGAGAGCGCGUGUGUGUUGUUAAAUACGGCAAGUGGCCGGAGAAUCGGCUCAGUUUCCUUGCACCCUCGGAACUAAUCGCACAACAGCAGCAGCAGCAGCAACCAAACCUAACCUCACUUUUCGCCGUCGGCCGUCUGUCAUCCGGGAGAGAGAGAUUUCUUCGUCGCAGGACUCGUUGGUUUUCUGUGGCUCUGGCCUUGUUUUGGUGUCUUUUCGUGUUUACUUUCACCAACUUAAACUUCAUCAAAAGAACAGAACCAGUCAGAAUUCGGAAAACCGGUUCGCAUCGGCAGCAGCAGCAGAAGCAGCUCUGAUUACAUCACAGAGAGCUCGCGGCUCCGCCGGAGCUGAGCGCGAGGAGCGCCAGUGCUUCGCCCCUCCUCAUCGCAGGGGGGCCCGUGCUGAUAUUUCCAGUUGAAGUGAGCGACUUUGGUGGGGAAUAAAAAGUAUGUGACUGAAUUUCGUUCCGUGGCCUACUUGAGAAGCAACAAAAAACGGUUCGGGUUUAGAUCAGAAGAAUACGGAAAUUUGUUUUUAUCACGAAAAUUUUACGUCGUGAAAGAAUAAUAAAGAUUUCGGGUAGUAAAAAACGAAAAAAAAAGAUUGUGCGCGCACUUACGCUGGUAUUGUGCGAAGAAGAGAGCAAGACAAGUUAACUUUCGUUGCUGUGUUGGUGUGUUAAUUUUCGUAAUACACGGUUAAGGGAAGAAGUAAAGAAAAAACAAAAUACCAGAAAUUUCUGAAAAAGUAUGUCAAAUCGUGAGCGAGAUACAUUCAUUCAUCUUUUCGCUGGAGGUAUCGCAGGUACUGCUGGCGCCGUGGUAACAUGCCCGCUGGAAGUGGUCAAAACGCGUCUCCAAAGUUCGUCCGCCUCGUUCAUCAGCGUGCCGCCGCGUAUCGUGACCGAUCAUCACGGCGUCGGUAAGUUGUCCUCGUCGUCGUGCGGAUCGAACGAGCAUCUGCGCAGCAACAGCAACUCCGCCGAGCACCAUUCCAGACAGCGGGUAUGCGCUAGCACGCUGCUGAGCCGCCGCCGGCCAUCGAUCCUCGCCAUCCCGCAGUGUGGCCUCUCGACGUCGGUCCAGUCGAUCUCGAUCUGGCAAUGCCUGAAGCACAUCGUCCAAACCGAGGGCGGUCGCGCCCUGUUUAAGGGCCUCGGGCCAAACAUUGUCGGCGUGGCGCCGUCCCGUGCGAUCUACUUUUGUGCGUACUCCAAGGCCAAAAAUGCGCUGAACACGGUUGGCAUCAUCCCGGCCAACUCGCCGCUCGUGCACAUCAUGAGUGCGUCCUGCGCCGGCUUCGUGUCCGCCACGCUCACCAACCCGAUCUGGUUCGUCAAGACGCGCCUCCAGCUGGACUACAACGCCAACGCGAAGCAGUCCGUGUCCGAGUGCGUACGCCGGAUCUACGCGACGCAGGGUCUGACCGGGUUCUACAAGGGCAUCACCGCCAGCUACGUCGGAAUCUCCGAGACGGUCAUCCACUUUGUGAUCUACGAGGCGCUCAAGAAGAAACUGUUCUUGUAUGUGUUCGCUUACUUGCUAAUCCUAAUCAUGGCGAGGGUGGUGGUGCGUGACCCGCACCGUCCCCGCGCCGAAAUCAUGAACUCACCUCAUCUUGCAUGGGGCCCCGCUUCAACUUUUUAUGUCCGGCAAGCGCAAUCUUGCUACAAACUUGUGUUGUGUUCCCAAAAAAAUCUCUUUGGCUGAGCUGAGCUGAGGCCGCUGAUUGCGCACGAUUGGUCACAUUCCAUUCCAAGCGAAAAAAAAUACAGCCUGAUGUGAAAUGGAAUCAGUCGUAAGAAUCGAUGGUAAUUUGCUCAACAUAAAAUUCUCGUAUACACAGUCAUAGUUUUGUAGGUUGUCACGUCACACACACAAAAAAAACUCGGUGCAUGUCCCCGUCGUCGCCAUCGUCAUCGCCGUCGUCACCUGGUCCCGAUCCCGGAGAAUGAGCAAAAGACACCACGGAUAUCCCACGGAUGUUCGGUGUAUGUGCAGAGUAUGAACUAAAAAGAAACGUAAAAUCAGUAUCGUAGGGGCAUGUUGCAAUGGGCGGCAGCGAACCGACGGACUUGCUCUGUAUCUUGUAAGAGAUAAGACAAGUCCCCACACGCUGAACAGGCUCUGUACGUGAAAGGAAAUUGACCUUUUUGCUUCGGGUGAGCGAGCGGCGAAACUUGUUUUGGUAUUAAACUUUGUUGCGGUACUUGGGACUAGUUUUUUCGUUGAAUUUAAACAGGCUUUCGUGAGAAUUUCUGUGGGUGUGGCAAUCGACAUAACUAAUUUUAGAAAUUAAUGUUAUAGGUUUAAAGUCGUAUUCGUAGAUUUAUGUGGAUACAUUGCUUUCCCAUUUUUGACAACACCAAGGAAUACAAAAUUAUUUUUUUCAAACGAAUAUAUGACACCGAAUAUUUUAUAGGAAAUUUUCAACAAAAACUCUAACGCUAUGUUACGGCAGGGUUGCUUGAUUUUCAAAGUUCACAUUUUUUAAAACCUCCGGAAUUGAAAACACCCUGACUUCCUCGACUAUUCUUCAAGACAGAGUUGCCAGAUCUUCUAAGUAAAAUAAUUAGGGCUAGUGAUUUUUCGUGAUUUCAUGGAGGCCUCGAAAUCCGUUAAAUUUGCUCUGGGUCUAAAUUUCACAAUUCCCAAGAAAUGCCUUGAAAUAUUUAUUUAAGACAUUUAUCAUCAGUAAUUUAACAAUUCCAUUUCAAACGCAGUUCUUGAGUUGUAAUAGGUAUACUUCACAGUAUUUUUGUCUGAAAUUUACGCAAAUUUUGGUUCCUUUUUCAGCAUUUUUUUAAUUGCUAACAUUUUUUAAAGAUCUUUAAAUACCUAAGUGAAUAAGAAGGAGGACAGUACAAUCUAGACAUAAAACCGAAGUUGCAGAAAUAUGUGAAUUGCUUAAAUUUGAUCCGGACAUAUUUUUUAGCAUGAGCAUGAGCAUGAGCAUGAGAGAUCACCCAUGGUUGCCCCUCCGUUGCUGAACAGAACCGUAAUAUCCUU